ACGAAAAGGUUAAAUUAGAAUUUCGAGAGAACGAAGAUUCGAUUUUAUAAUUUGAAAUAAAAAACGUAUUCUAUUAGAUGCAAUAUGGAUAUUGAAUAUAAUUUUAUCACUCCUAAGGAGUUAGAAAAUAUCAUGUCGAAAGGUACUCCUAUAUUUCCAAUUGUUAAUGAUGAAAAUCGUUUACUAGCUGAAGAAUUAGCUAAAGUAAGGAAAGAAAUCUGUGUUAUAAACACAAAAAUUGACGAUAAAGAGAAGUUAAAUUCUCUUCUGGAGGAUCAUCACACAAAUGUGAUAAAAGAGAUAAAUUCUUUGAAUCAAAUGUUACAAUCAAGGAAGCAAGAGAUAGAAACCGGAGAAAAUGUAGAUAAAUUAUUAUUACGUGAAAAAUCUUGGUUGGAUAAACAGAUGAAAAUUUUUAAUAAAGAAAGAACAUCCAAUGAAGGAAGACAAGAACAUUGCAGAAUUUUUAUCGAUGCUUUAAUAAAAAAGAAAGAGAAGAUACAAAAUGAUUUGCGAAUAGAUAAAGAAACUAUGGAAAAAUGGAUUCAGAAUUCAGAAAAAACCGAAGAAGAUAUUAAAAUUUUAGAAAAAUAUAAAUUUAUGAACAAUAAUCGUAUAAGGGAUAUGGAAAUAAAAUUAGAAAAUGCAAGUAACGAUUCAAAGAAUUGGAGAACACUUGCUAACGAAAUAAAUUUAGAAAUAUCUUCUCUGCAAGCGGAAUUAUACCGAUUAGCCGAAGAUUUUAAACAAGCACAUCGUCAGAGAUGCAAUGUGAUAAACCAGAUCGAUAAAGGAAUAGAAAAAAUUGAAAGAAAAGAUGAAGAAACUAACGAAUUACUUUUACAAUUGAAUGUUUCUAAAGAAGAAGCUUUUCGUGUAGAAGAAGAUAUAACAGAUAGAAAAAAAUUUUUAGAUAAAUGUACACUCGAUAAUAAAGAGUUAGAAAAAUUACUCAAACAUCUAGAACAGGAACUCAAAUCUAUUAGUUACGAAUUAGUAUGUAUUCAAAAAAAAGUUACUGAUUCGAAAUCUGAAUUAGAAGCUCAGAGACUCCUUUCAAGUAACAUGACUUCUAAAUUGUCACAAUUAUAUAAUGAGAAAAAAGAGAAAGAAAAACAGAUUAACGAAAAACAAGCUCAUUUAGAUCAUUUAAGACAAGAAAAAGAAGAGUUGGAAAACGAUUUUCUGCAAAUAAAAAGGAAAGAAGCUGACGAAGAGCAGUGCUUGCAACGUUUAGAAAAAGAUAUCCAAAACGCGGAAAUUAACUUUAAAAAAGAACAAAGUAAUUUAGGUACAUUAUUAUCCACUAAACUGAAAACUAUGAAAGAACUAGAAGAAAGUAAAUUAAAAGAAAAAGUGCUUAUCAAUAACUUGAAAACGGCAAAGUUUGAUAUAAAAAAUUUACAAAAGAAGAAAUCACAAGACGAAUUGAAGUUAUUUCAAUUUCAGGAAGAACUUCAUAAAUUAGAUUAUCAAAUUUUAAAAUUAGAACAGAGAAUAAAACGUUUAAAAGGAGACAGUUCAAAACAAGACGAAUUAACAGUACUCAAAAGUCGAGUGCAAACUUUGAAGAAAAUUCAUGAUGAAAAAGAAAAUAAUUUGAAAUUUUUAAAUACACACGUUAAUAAUAACCGCGAAGAAAUUUUUCGAUUAAAUAAAAAACUUCAACAAACAAAAUCUGAACAACAAAAUGUUUUAAGCAAACGUCAAGAGAUAAAUCUAUGUCUUUCAUCGACUGAAACAGCAUUGAAACAGUCGAUUACAGUAAACGAAGAAUUGUUAAUAGAAGAAUGUAUUUUGAAACUGAAAUUAAAACAAUUACUACAGUUGCUGAAUCAAAAAUCAGAAGAUGUAAUUAGUAUUCAAAAAGAAAAAAUUGAAUUUGAAGCUAAUGUGAAACAUCAAUUGGAUGAUUUAAACAAUAGAAAGAAUAUUCUGAAAACCGAAAUUCGGCAUCGCGAUCAGCAAAGACAGACAUUGGUUAAUCAAUUAAACAAAUUUUUGGCCAAGUUAGAGACAUUACAAACUCGAUACAAAUGCGUGUUGGCUGCUUUAGGAUUGAAGAAUGACGAAGAAGGAAAAGAAGUUGAUUUAUUAAUACAAACUGAACAUAAAAAGGCAGAAAUAAGAAACUUAAUUUAUAGAAAAACUGAAGAAGUCAGAAAUAUGUCCGAAGAAAUGAGAGGUUUAAAAAACUGUUUGAUUCUGAUUAAAGCAACAAAUAUAAUUUAUAGACAAUACCUUCGUCCUGCCGAAGAUGAUAAUAUUCGAUACAUUCGCGAAAUGGAAACAAAAAAGAAUCAAUUCGAAACUUACCUUCACCAAAAGAAAGAAGAAUUAAAUAUAAUUCAAAAAGAAAUCGCUUCAAUGAGAUUAGAAAUAAAAGAAUUAAGUACAUCCUACGAAGUUUUACAAAACAUUUUAGCCGAAAAAUCUCAUAUUUUGGAAAAAGCCAAACAAAUAUUAUUCGAACGAAAAGAAAAAUUGAAGAGAUCGGAUAAAAUUAAUAAUAAUCUAUGCCUAAAUGCAAAAUAUGUUCAUUCCAAAGCUGCCAAACAAAUUAACGAUGUUAAUAUUAGAUUACUGAAAGAAGUUAACAAAAGAGUAUUCAAUUUUUUAACAGAAAUUUGUGAAAAACAUCCAGAAAUAUGUGAAAAAAUUGAAAACAUGUUUACAGAAGCUUCGCUAGAACUUCAAAUUAAAAGUUUACGGAAACCUUUAACGAAGUUUAAUUAUCUCUCGACUUCUACUUCGACAAGGUUAAACACACCUACGAGUAGAUGUCAAUCAAAACUUUCGAGCAAAUCUUCCAGCUCAGUUCGGUCUGCGAUUUCCACAAAUAACAAGUAUAGAUCCUUGAAAUUAACAAAGGAAGCGAAAUUUCUAAAGAUUUGACGACCUUGUGUUCUACAAUAAUUGUCGACACACAGAAUUUUGAGCAGUAAAGGGCAA